AUGAGCAUCCCUGAUUAUGAAGGUUUGCUUCCAACGAAAUUCAACUCAGCCGCAAUGGGGGAUAUCCCAGCUUUAGGUAUCAAAUAUUCGCUUAGGAUGAUCGUUUUAGGUCCAUCGUUAAGCAAAAAUAACAACCUUUAUUUAUUUAUUCUAAAGAACGCUCCUCGUGUAUUUGCCCAUCUCACGAUCAUUGCUCGUAAUCCACAUCAGGAACUAUAUGAUUAUCUCAAAGAUGAGAUGGGUAAAUUUAUAAUUUUUGCUAAUCCUGACUUACCACCGAGCGUCGAUCAGGUACGACGAGCUCAAUUGAGCUUAAAAAAACCAGAGUUGGUCAUCAUUGAUGACUACAGUAACGAUAAGCUAGCUGAGAAGAAUCUAUUCUCUCACUAUAUGACCCGACAACGUCACGGCAAGUUAGCCAUUUCAAAAAGAGAUUUAGCAAUGGUUGUCAAGGAUUUUAACAUUCCCGGGUAUGAUGAGCGAUCGAUCGUCCAUUACUACAACCGCGCUGCUGAAAGAAAAGGACAAAUUUUGCGUUGCGGUAGUGUAAGAGGGGAAUUGCGAUACAAUUUCCAUAGUCCUAUCCAAACGGAGGUGUAA